AUGUCUGACUACUACAGCGACAACUCAUUUGAUGACGAGUUAUCCAGUGCAUUAUAUAUUUGUCCGUCAUGCUCCCAACCCUAUGUCGAUGAGACACACGAUGAGAACGGUCACACAGACAAGUCGGACGAGGACGUUCACCUUCCUCAGGUCAGGGGGGCUUCUAUACAGCCGUGGCCUUAUGCCUAUAUCGCCCACGGUGGACACCAUAGCCCUUAUGCGCCACUCACACAUCCCUCACUCCCUGAAACCGAUCUUGAGGUUCCAGCCUCCUUCGCACAACGUGCACCCGCCCGGGCCAUCCAAUGGGACGACAAUAACCAGAUGGCGUGCCCGUGGCCAUUCCUGGUUCCACUUCCUGCCACACACACUUACACAGAGGCGGCCACACACUACAUCCCUACAUCUACUUUCCUGACACUGGCGCAUCCUAUUGAGGUCAAGGAACACCCUUUAAUGCGCUGCGCUGCGCCUUUCUCCUCAAUAUUAGACGCUGUCUAUCCAAUCCAGGGUCAGUGGAGAGACAUGGCAUGGAAGAUUGUGGAAGCGCCAUGCAACAUCAUCCUUCGGGUGUUGGCCAAGGUCCUUCCGUGGAUGCCCAUCGAGGAGGUCCCAAAGCCCAUCCCAGAGCUGCCGCCGUCACCAGAAACUGCCUCGGUGCCAGUGCCACAGGAGCACUACAUAGAUAUGGAGGAGGGGCCGAGGUGGAAUAAAGCAAAGGAAAGGAAGGGAAGCGAGGGGGAGGGCCAGGGAGGAAGCCAGGGAGGGAAUGGCGCGAAAGCGGAGAGGCACAUAGCUGCUGAGCCACUAUGCGGCGAGAGGAAGAGAGAUGGUGGGGCGCAAAGCCAGAUCCAUGUGGUCCAUCCACAGGCAUAUCACAGCGCCCCCAAAGAUACUACAUUUACAUCGAUGACGUCCACCCACAGGGUGGAGAUCCCCAUAGGUAAGCCAGUCCCCAAGGCUGUACCGCAGUCCAUUGGAGGGCCCUGGACAACGACACCUGGGGAGGAACAGAGAGGCGUGCAAAAGCACAAGAGGGCUGACCCUCAUAUCUGCGAUGGCCCCGAUGGGUGUAGCAAGUGGCUCUUCUGCCCGUACGACAUGCCCCGACACAAGGUGACUCUGCACCAUGGAGAAGUGCAUAAAUUUGCAUGCAAUGACUGCCCAGCCCUGUUCGUGCGCAAAGAUGAAGUGCUUCGCCAUAUGCGGGAGCACUGCCCAAACAGGGGCAGGAAACAUAACAGCGGGGGCAGUCCCUCACAGGGCCCGAGACACGAUGGUCUAGAGGGCGGUGGAGGGGGCAUGGGGGGACUGGUUGUAGUUGACCCGCUUGGCAUUGCACGACAGAUGGGAAACCGGUCAUUAUAUAAGCCAUCAUGCCUACCGCCGGGGGUGCUCAUCGCAUCAUCAACCUCGUCCACGAUGGCACCUCAAGGCCAGGCCUCAGGGCCUCUGCGGCGAAAGCUCAAAAAGGUCGUCUUUCACAAGGUUGAUCACUUCUAUCAUGGAAAUUUCCUCUCUGAUGAGACAAACAAAGUGUUGAACUCAGCGAAGCAUUUAUGUAGGGUUCCGCCCCCUCCAGGGGAGCACAAUGUCGAUGUUAAUAAUCAAUUGAAUUUACAUUGA